ACGUCCAUGCCUGACUCGACAAGAACACCAAAUAUCUCGUGACUUUGAAGGAAAUCUCUUGGUUUCGGCGCUUCUAGGGUUGUGUGUGCGCGGUCGCUUUUGAUGCGAUGCCUCCUGCGAACUCGCCUUUAGAUACACCCUCUGAAAAUGCGAGCGCCGGUUCUGGCUCGUUCAUUUCCGAACUGCAGCAGCUAGAUAGCCCGGUGCUGGAUUUAGCCUCGACGCUUACAACCCAGGCGGAGGAAGAUGCCAAUCAAGCCAACAUCAACUUUUUGCGGACUCCCCCGGUAGAACUCGACGAUGAACCCAGCACAGGUUUCUCGGUCGGUGAUAUGUCUUCCAGAGAUCCCCAACUGCCCGUGAACCAGCAGCUGCGGCUCCUGGAGAUGGCCAAUCUGCGCCGACUGCGCCGAAUGCGCCAGUAUACGCCUGAACAACUGCGGGAAAUUGGCGAUUAUCCCCAACCGGCAUAUGGAAACCGUGUUCCGCAGCAACAAUCCCUGUACGAUUGGGCGCCAGGGACAUCGGACGAGGACGAGGAUGACAACUCAACAAGAGUCAAUGCUCUUUCGCAACUCGUCUCCAACUCUGAUAUUGAAAACAUUAGAGGACACAGGGAUAAUUAUAGACCUCCUGGCGCGGGAACAUCAAGAUCUGCUGCGUCGUAUGCAUCCAGGGCGGCAGGGGAUCAUCAUCAGCAACAACAACAUAAUCAUGCUCUCCCAUCCGAGUCUUCAUUAAGAACAGCGGCCCUCUUGCAGUCUGUUCGCCGCCAUCCGCGCUUCUCCGCUCGGUCAAGAGAUCGACUGCAAAGUUAUAUCCUGGACCGGGAACGCAUAGGCCACGAAACGGAGGAUAGAGAUCGGGCGAGUUCGGCCAGAAUUAUUCGGCCACCUUCUUCUAUCAUUCCCAGCAAUCCGCGGGAGCUACAAACGCAGCGUGACAUUCGGGCCAGGGUUGAUGCCUACCGACAACGCUAUCUUCAGAACCCUUCAGGAAACCCACCUGCCGCUUCCCGCUGGCUGGAAGAGGCUAUCAAGUAUCUUGAGCGACUCCGAUAUUCAACUUCAUACGAAGAAAGCAUUGUCUCUGCCGCCGCAGGAGGAUUAGUAGGGGGCGACUUCUUCACGAUGAACCGGGAAGACUUCAUUGUCGAUACGACGGAUAUUGACCCUCCAGCGGAAAGUUCGUGGCUGCAGAUUGGCGGCGUGUUUUCCGGCUCCCAGCAAGCGGCGCCGCUUGCAAUAUGUCCCAUCCACCGAGCCACGCAGAAUAUAUUCGGGAAUACAAACCUGCCUAUUAUUAUAAACGCUUCCUCCGGCACGAUUGGGACCGCCACUACCACGAAUGAAACCCAGCCGUCCCCCUGGGGGAACAUGUCUAGUUCGGGUAGCGCCGGAAGACAACAUGGCGGCUACGUCGCCAAGGGCGAUGAAGAGUGGCCUGUUAAAGUAACCAUCAAUAGCGUUGACUACGAGAAUAUGACGCUUUCUGGGACAAUGGAAGCAUUCAACGUUCCAGACAAGUCGUCCGCGACUGGCGAGUCCAGUAUUGUCACUUUUCUCGAAGGAGAACUCGUUGAUUUCAACAAAUAUACUCUCGAAACCAAAAGCUUCAAAUCUGAUGCAAAAGUUGACGGCACCUAUUGGAGCAAGCUAGAGCCGUUCAAGGAUCUAUCCGACGAUGAUAUUGUGCGCAAUCUCGUCAGCAGGAGAUGGCUCAAGGAGGAACUGGCUAAAAACUGGAUAUUAAUGCGCUGGAAGGAGAAGUGCUUUAUUACGCCCUCUGACCACCGCUCUGGCCUGACCAUCUCCGGCUUCUAUUACAUCUCCAUGCGCCGCGACACUGGCCACGUCGAAGGGCUAUACUAUGAUCCUUCAAGUUCGCCGUAUCAGCACCUCGUCCUGCGUCCGCAGAAGCCUUGUUUCCCGUCAUAUCAGUUCCGUUAGGCCAAGUCUUCUUUCUUAAACUUACUACCAAAGUGAGGACGCAAUUGAUCCGCAAGCGCAAACGCUCAGAAGCAUGAUCCUGCUUCGUUCAUCAAAAUUUUUUUGGUUUCUGUUUUACUAUGCUCUGUUCUUUUUCCUCUCUUACAGCGUUGCAUAUAUUCGGCGUUCUACUGGGUGAGCUUUUUGGUAGCUCUAAUUGCAUAUGGAAUUUUCGCGGGAGUACAUACAUGUCAUCAUACGUUGUCUUGUGAUCUUUGCCGAUAUCAAUUUGAAUCGAGCUUUUUCUGGUCCCAGUUCUCUCAGCGAGCUUGUGCUUGGUCUCUUUAUUUUUGGAAGAGAAAUUCGUUUCUACGUGCAUGAGUACAUAGAUUUUGAGAAGAAAUGAAGAGGAUCUCUAACAUCCGUCA